CUCUGUGUGGUGAGUUGGAAGUAAACAGUCCGACUCUGGCGUCUGCUGGAAUUGGGAGUAACCAAGUAUAUAGUGUGUGGCCCUCAUUCUCUUGCCUCGUUUAUUUCGUCGUCGCUUUGCUGAUUUCCUGCAUCAGGAACGAGUCGGAAAUGAUAAUGGAGCGCUCUGUUGUCUUGUGCCUCUUGCUCGCCGCCGUCAUUGCGGCCAAACCUGCCGAUGAAGAAAAGAAGUCCAGAGUACAUACAGACAAGCUGAGUGACGAGGAGCACUACAUGAACGACGAACACAACUCUGACUACGACCACGAGGCCUUCCUGGGCGAGGACGAGGCCAGGACCUUCGACCAGCUCACUCCGGAGGAGAGCAAGGAGAGGCUCGGCAAAAUCGUCGACAAGAUUGACCUCAACCAUGACAAUUUCGUCACCGAAGAGGAACUGAAGCUGUGGAUUGACUACACACAGAAACGCUACAUUACCGAUGACGUGAAAAGACAGUGGAAUGCUAAUAACCCCGAGAAUACGGAGACGCUCCACUGGGCAGAUUACAAGACCAUGGUGUAUGGCUUUAUGGAUAAUAUGGACCCUGGGGAAUUGGACGAUGAAGAAGAAGGCAUGUCUUAUGCUGAGAUGCUGAAGAGGGACCAGCGGCGGUGGGAAGUUGCAGAUGAGGACAAUGAUAAUGCCCUCAGCCUUGAUGAGUUCACCAACUUCUUGCACCCAGAGGAGUCUGAGCGCAUGAGAGCAAUUGUUGUACAGGAAACAAUGGAAGAUAUUGACAAGGACAAAGAUGGCAAAAUUUCUCUGGAAGAAUAUAUUGGAGACAUGUACCAUGGAGAUGAUGACGAGUUUGAGCCAUCAUGGGUGAGCAACGAGAGAGAUCAAUUCCGCGAAUUCAGAGACAAGAACAAUGAUGGGUAUCUGGAUGAGGAAGAGGUCCAGGGUUGGAUCAUCCCACCAGACUACAAUCAUGCAGAUGCAGAAGCCAAGCACCUCAUUUAUGAAGCAGAUAAUGCUGAUAAAAUGCUUACCAAAGAAGAAAUCUUGAAUAAGUAUGAUGUAUUUGUGGGUUCGCAAGCAACAGACUUUGGUGAAGCUCUUGUCAGACAUGAUGAAUUUUAAAAACAGUAGUGUUGAUAAGACCAGUAGAAACAGUGAUUAAAUGUACAAACUUGGUUACACAAGAGCUUCUUGAAACAUUGCCAACCAAGUUAUAAAGAAAUUUGUUUGGUGAUUUGAGAGGCAAGUAUGUGGACUUCAUUCUUUGCAUACAAGAAUUUGAUUAUUUAUCCAAAGUAAAAAAUCCUUUUUAAAAGGGCUUGUGUAUAUUUUGAUGGGUUUCUUCGAUACUAUAAGCAGUAUUGAUGGCUUUUUAGCUGGAAUAUUUUCACAGGAAGACUGUGUGGAACACGCUCAUUUCUGGUUCCGCUUUUAAUUUGAGGGUUUGGACUCUGUAUGCUAUUCAAGCUAGCAUAGCAUUUUCAUUUCUUACUCAGAACAUUUUCAAUCAUAUUGAUAUUGCUAAUAACCCUCUAAGGAUGGAUAAUUACAGAUAUUCAGCAAGGAUUUAUUGAUACCAACAGGUAGCUAUGACUGGUAUAUAUCCUUACUGAAAAAUCAUUAAACAGUGAAACAAAUUACAUUUGCCACUGUUUGUCAAGAAUGUUUCAGUUGGUAGUGACUGUGAAUUUACCAAAAACGAAAGUUUAUAAUGUUGCUCCAAGAAAUUUAGAAUAUUUAACCAAUAUAUAUACACCAGUAGUUAUUCAGUAAUUGUAAAGGAAUUUCAUUCCACAAAAAAUAACCACUAAAUUAAUAAAGGGAUUAAAUAUCAUGUCCUGUAAGGGUUUAUCAGAUUUUUUUUUUUUUUGUAAUAAUUGCUUUAAUCUUAUUUAUUAGUCAUGGAAUUGUCACAAAUAUUUUUAAAAAAGGAACAAAUCCAUAUAUUGUUCAAAAUUUAUCAGUUACCAAAUAGCAUGAAAUGUUUCCAUUGUGUACCAAGCAAUUUCAUCAUCAUUUAUGAAAGUCAAAAUAUUUUUUUAGUACUUCAUCAAUAUCUCCUCCCUACCCUUGUUUUUUUUUCUUUUCUUACUUUCUCUAAUAUAAGAUAGAUAUUAUUGUCUUAAUUUCUUGUACUGCUUAAUACUCAUAAUAAAGAAUAUUUGUGAUGACAUCAUUCUGAAUCAACUGAA